AUGCUGUUCAUCAGAAAUCAGAAGGAGUGGGCGAGCAAGAGCGCCCGCAGCAUGAAGACUGACCAGCACGUGGAUGGCAACGCGAAGCAGGCGAACGGAGCGCCCGAGACGUUUCAGAUGCACGAGUGUACGAAACCACUAGGAUCGGACGCGAUGAGCGAGAGCGAUUACGCGAGCGAGCUGGAGGAGGUGGAGCCCGUCGGGGAGGAGCAGAGGGAGACGUGGGGAAAGAAGGUUGACUUCCUUCUCUCUGUCAUCGGCUUCGCUGUAGACUUGGCGAACGUGUGGCGGUUUCCCUACCUGUGCUACAAGAAUGGCGGAGGUGCGUUUCUUCUCCCCUACGCCAUAAUGCUGGCUGUUGGAGGAAUUCCGCUCUUCUACAUGGAGCUUGCUCUCGGCCAGUACAACCGGAAAGGAGCCAUCACCUGUUGGAAACGUAUCUGUCCGCUGUUCAGAGGUAUCGGCUACUCGGUAGUUCUCAUCGCCUUCUACGUUGACUUCUACUACAACGUCAUCAUCGCCUGGGCGCUCUACUUCUUCUUCUCCUCGUUCACGACCAGCCUGCCCUGGCGCACCUGCGACAACGAAUGGAACACGCGCAACUGCUACGACGGAAAGGAAUCUUUAGUAAACAGGAGUGCGGCGGAGAGCGUACACAACAGCUACAAUUUUACAACUGCGAUCUCCGUCAACUCGACGCGGAAACGCGUGUCGCCCUCUGACGAGUAUUUCCAUCGGCAGAUGUUGGCAGUUCAUCACGCGGACGGCAUCGAGAACUUGGGACUAGUCAAGUGGGAGCUGGCCGCCUGCUUGCUUGGUGUCUACAUAAUCUGCUACUUCAGUCUGUGGAAGGGCAUCUCGACGUCUGGCAAGGUGGUUUGGUUCACAGCCGUGUUUCCGUACGUCGUGCUGACAUGCCUACUCAUCCGGGGACUCACUCUGCCCGGAUCCGGAGCCGGCAUCAAGUAUUAUCUCACGCCAAACUUCACCAAACUCGUGGACGCCGAGGUUUGGGUGGACGCGGCAACGCAGGUGUUUUUCUCGCUCGGGCCGGGAUUCGGUGUUCUUCUCGCUUACUCCAGUUACAACACGUUUCAUAACAACGUGUACCAUGACGCUUUGCUGACCAGCUCGAUCAACUGCGCCACCAGCUUCCUCUCUGGAUUCGUCAUCUUCAGCGUGCUCGGAUACAUGUCGGCAAAGUCCGGCGUAGACAUCAAAGACGUCGCCACUGAAGGUCCUGGUCUUGUAUUCAUCGUCUAUCCAGAAGCGAUAGCAACCAUGCCUGGCGCCAUCUUCUGGGCAAUGCUAUUCUUUCUCAUGCUUCUUACGCUGGGACUCGAUAGCUCUGUGAGUAAACAUCGAAUAUAUAUAUAUAAUAUAUCAACUGUGUAG